CAGAGUCAUCUCACUGGAUACCAAGAUGAGACCUGCCAAUCAGAUGUAUAAUAUCAUCGGAAUUGAGGACGCUAACAGGAACAGGAUUGGACAGUGGCUGAAUGAAACAUCCGAUAGUAUAUUGCAGCUUUCUUUUGCCUUGAACUCCGAGGCUCGUGAAGGAUCCUACAAAGUUAGUGUGUCGACCGGGUCUAAUAAAGUAUAUCACAGCUUCAAAGUGGAGAAAUAUGUUUUGCCUAAAUUUGAUGUUAAAAUAACUGCAUCUGACAAAGUAAGUAUUGAUCGGGAAGAAAUCAAAGCUGAAGUUUGUGCAACGUAUACAUAUGGACAGCCGGUGCCAGGCAGUGUUAACGUAGAGAUGUGCAGGCCUUUUAAACAAUUUGUUAUAUUCACCCUUGACAAUCCAGAGGGAAUAUAUGCUCCAUGCUACAAGGAGACAAAGCAGACGGACAAGAAAGGCUGUGCCACUUUUAUCUUCCCAAUGUCAACCUUCACAAAAGUUGCCCAAAAGUUUCUGCUAGAUAAGUUGAAACUCACUGCUCAGAUGGAAGAGGAGGGCACGGGUAUUUCACACCAACAAGAGAAGCGUAUGGAUAUUUCAUAUGUUGUUGGAAAGCUGUCCUUCACUGACACACCCAAGAUUUAUGACCAAGGAUCAGUUGUGGAGGGAAAAGUUAAAGCAGUUUAUUACAACAAUACACCAAUUGCUGACAUGCCGGUCUACCUGUUUAUGGUUGAAAGGUGGUCAGCACGUUUGAUACAGAAUCUCACUACUGACAGCAAUGGUGUUGCCCCUUUCUCAUUCAGCACAGUUAACGUAAAUGGGAACAUCCGUAUCCAGCUAAGCUUGACACCAGCAUUGGUCCACCACCAUCAUAGAACGCCAUACUAUGAGGCUGGACAUCACACAGUUUCAUUGGCCCAAGUCUCUUCUCCUGAUACUAAAACAGUCAGCUUCCUGGAAGUGAAGAAGAAGGAUAAACCACUUCCCUGUGAAAAAGAAGAAGAAAUCUUUAUUCAAUACACAGUAGUUGGAGAGGCCCAGGGCUCAGUGGAUAUGAUGUAUCUC